AAGACGAAUGGAAAGAAUUUGAGCAAAAAGAAAUCGAUUACAGUGGGCUUCGAGUUCAAGCAAUGCAGAUAAGUGAAAAGGAAGAAGAUGAUAACGAAAAGAGAGAAGAUCCAGGGGAUAACUGGGAAGAAUCUGGUGGUGGUGGCAUAGAAAAAUCAUCUGGUCCUUGGAAUAAAACGGCUCCUGUUCAAGCACCUGCUCCAAGUAUUGUUACAGAAACCCCAGAACCUGUUAUGACUGGUGGUGUAUACAGGCCUCCUGGUGCCAGGGUGACUACAACAAGGAAAACACCACAAGGACCACCAGAAAUAUACAGCGAUACACAGUUCCCAUCAUUGCAGUCCACUGCCAAGCAUGUAGAAAGUCGGAAGGAUAAAGAAAUGGAGAAGAGCUUUGAAGUAGUAAGACACAGAAAUAGAGAUACUGAGCCUUCGUAAGGGUUGACUACCUCAGAUUUGCUGCACUCAUUGUGGACACCAUGUGGAUCACAACUUCUGGAUAAGAAGGUUACAGCUAUUAAGUGGCGAUGUGAAACUUGAAACCAGCUCUACUGGAUUCCUAUCAGAAAUCCUGCAAAAGUCAGCCAUUUGGGUUCUGAUCUGCUAUAAAUGACAAAGAUUUAAGUGACCUUAAUUAACCUGUCCUGGGCCCCAUCCUUAAGGAAUACUUUCUCUAGUAGCUAUGGCUAUUUACGAUUUCCUGAGGCGUACCACUCUCAAAAGAACUGUGUUCAAAUAAACCCAUGCAGAGCUGUCGUGUUUUUUUUUUUUUUUAAACCCUUUAGCUGUAACCCUAUUCUGAGGUUACGAUAAACUAAAUUUAACCACACUUUGAUGUACAAAGUGGGAUUUGGGGGGGUGGAGGGUGGAGGGGUUGAAUGGUCCAAUUUUUUUUCUUUAGCCAUUUUUAUUUGGAUAGCACAUGUGUUGUAUUUUCCGCCAACAAGGCCUUCCUUGCUUUGACUUAGAAUCUAAGUUCUUUGAACAGAGCAUAAUGCUUGGUUGAGUAACAUGAAACAUCUGUGAAGAGGGAUUGUGAAAUAAGUUUCAUAACCUGAUUUCCACCCCCAAGGGGCUGGAACUCCAUAGCCUUUAAAGAGCAGUGGAUGCCAAGGCUUGACUUCAGGUGCUGCUUAAAGCCUCUAAUCACCAGGUCUUUAACUUGUACAGUAUGUAUUUGACAGGAGUACCCAUAUCUAGCAGGUGGGAUUGUAACCUUUUUUUACUGCUGGAGUAGAGAGGUGUUCACUGACCUGUGAGUUUAUUUCUAGCAAAAUUGUCUUGCUCCUUUUAAACUUAAACCAAUAUGAGUACAUCCUAAUCAUAAGCUUGGUGAUACGUGCACAAGCUUUCCUGAUGUUUCACAGAUACUGACCAGUUGUGUGAGGUAUCUGACAGUUCUUCCAGGUGCCACACUUAGCCCCAAAUUUUCAAGGUCAGGAUGUUUAUUGAAGCAAUGAUUAUCC